AUGGGUGUACAGGAGCAGGCAAAGGGGGUGGUAAAGCCAGGAGGUUGCCUUCCGGUUCCACAUGACGACCUGUUACACUUCAGUCGCUGUCUCAAGUACGAUGAGAGAGAGAAAUACGUCCAAAAUGCCCCCGAACACCUCCGCAGCCAGGUGGGGCAUUUGCUGUCCCGGGUUGAGCAUGUCAGGUCCGAGAUCGACGCCCGGCCCGAUGGAGAGUUCUGGACUUCCAGGUUAGCCGACCACAUAUCCGACUUCAGAUCAAAGCCCCAGCCAAAGAAGACGGAGCGGUCGCCGCUAGCCGCUACUCUUUCCCGACUACACAUCGCUAGCCGGACCAACCUCAGCCGAACAAGUCGUCUUGACGUUCCAGAAAUCCGCCUUGGUGGCAAGACUUUAUCGACACCCAAUAUCGCCGAGGUCCUUUCAGCCAACCCAUCCCCAACAUUUCAGGACAUCAAGGACCACCCAUACAAAGGCCUCCAGGCCGGUGCUGUCUACUACAAAGAUGGUAUUCCCUACACUCAUCCCAAGCUGGAAGGCAGUUUCCCAAACCAAACAACCCCGUUGGACGAUUUACUCUCAAACAAGGGUGAUAUGAGCUUGCUCAAAGAAUCUUGUGAAGAAGCCCGCCAUUACAAUGAAGAACGCCCACCAAGAGAGGACCUGUUUGGGAAGCCAAAGGUCAAGUCCAAGACACAUGAGAUUCUUCGACGGGUCGGAUGGCGAGGUCACUCUCGGGAGGGCGUUGAUCCUAACAGCCCACCCCACACCCGCCAACUGAACCCCGGUUGUGAGGUGAUCAAAAGCGGUCACGAAAACAACCCUAACGCCAUGUGCCUCUUUGCCCCUUACCUCCACUGGGAGACAGCAUUGGGACUGGAAAGACAAAACAAGUCCAUCGAGAGAACCACCAGAUCUGCAAUUUUACAACAUGCGUCAGGCAUGCAAGUCCAGGAUCGGGUUGAAGAUACCUUUCACCAAGAGCUUCAGGUCCACCAAGUCAACAAUACUUCCCUCUCUUCCCUUGCCCGCGAGGCCAUCGUCUCAUCCACGAACCACUUUCGUUCCAUGACGAUGCGGGCUACUACUAGACGAGGUGUUGUUGGAAGGAUCCUGUUUUGUGCCGCCAGAAUCGCAAAGCUGAUGGUGUCUUAUGAGGAUGAUGAACUCGUCAGCAAGUACCUUUAUGCUAAUCCCCCGUUGCAUCCCCGACGGACAUUGCAUCAGUCUCUAAAUGAGUAUUCCAACUUUCUGAGGGAUACUGAACGCUUGGACAAGGAUCAGAUUGUGUACAGAGCAACAGCUGGGCUCAAAGACCCGACUCGCCAGCAGUGCAGCAAGUUUUGCCAGUGCUCUGACUGUACGAGUGCACGGGCAACUGUGCCUCGGUUUUUGAUGGUGGACCAGCUGUGGGUCUUUCCACAACGCUGGGGAUCUUACUUCACAAGCGAUCUGUCAGGAAUCCACUCUCGAGUAAGAAAGCAGCUUGAAAGAGAGCGAGACGGGGUCAGCAGUUCAUAUGAUCUGGUUCUCAAGAUCUUCAACGUCUGCAGCAGGGUGUUUUACGAGAAUAUCAAGUUUGCGGACAGACAGCCCAUGCUCAAUUACAUCUUUUCCGAUUCGAUCAACUUUGUGACCACAAGAGAAUUGGCCGCCCGUCAAGAGCUCUCCCAGCUUGCUCAGACGAUCCUAGCAGCUUACCGUUCCCCUGACAAGACUCAAAUCGCCGAAGCCCACAAGGCAGUCAUGAACAUCAACCCCGAGGCCGGCCUCCUCCGGCAAGUAGACAACAUUCUCAGCGACCUGAGCAUCAUCCGCCAGAUCAAGAUCGUCCAGCAAGAAGUCCUCAAGCAGUACCACGUCAACAUUGCCCGGGUCCUAGUUCCCAACUAUGCCCUCCGUGCCGGCUUCGAGCCGCAUACACCCGGUCUCAAGGAGGUAAAGCGCAUGCAAGAAAGUCUCCGUGACGACCAAGAUGUCUCGGAAGAGACCAAGUCAGCGGCAAGCUGGACGCUCUCCUGUGCCGAUGACUCGGAGAUGUUCCUCGCGGACCAAUACAGGCAGAUUGACCGUUUGUACAGAGCAGCGGAACACUGCCAAAGGAGACUGGAGGAGCUGCUAGAGACGAAAAACAAGUACGCCGGCAUUGUCGGGGCGUGGGAAGCGGUAGCCAACAGCAUCGAGCAAAGCAACCAGGGCAAGUCUAUCAUGCUGUUCUCAGUACUGAGUAUUAUUUUCGUAAGUUCUUACCGUCACCCUUACCUCCAUUAUCAUACCGGCUGA